UCGUUAACCCUUAAGGGUUUCUUGGACCACCUUAGGGCUAAAAUCCUUACGUUGAUAGAGUCAAACGUCCGACGCUACGGCAACGUAAAAGUCGGUAUGGAACUAUUCGGAAACUUCCUCUUGCAGACGAAGGAACAAGAGGAACUCAAGUCCUUCAAUACCAACUAUCGGCUGGUGAGCGGUAACACCGAUCUGGAGGAGCUGUAUAUCCAGUUCCUCGACAUCUUGGCUACCAAAGCGUCCGAGUUUCAGGAAAGGGACAGCGGCUGGGCUUUGAUGAAACGCCUCCAUUUAGAAAUAGGAGAUCGAAGGCAAGAAAGCUGUUUUGAACGUACAAAACACGGACAAAAAAUGCUUUAUGUGGUCGAUCUUGGCUGCUCUUCACGCAAUCCAACGAACAAAUAACGCCAACAAGGUCAGAAACUAUGUUGAGUUUCAGAAAGGGCUGGACUUUACAGGUAUCGAUUUUCCCGUUAAACUAAGGGACAUACCUAUGUUUGAACGACUCAAUAAAAUUUCGGUCAACGUUUAUGGCCUCGAGAGAGUCUAUAACGAAGGCCGUAAUGAAGUUGAAGUCGUUGGUCCUUUGCAUUUUACCGAAUCUAGUAAAGAGAGACAUGUAAAGCUUUUAUUAAUUAGAAACGAUUAUGGAGAUAAUCAUUAUUGUUUAAUAAGACACAUGUCUCGAGUGGUGUGACGACAAUUAACAAAUUGGCGUAAAGCAAAGUUUUUGUGCGACGGGUAUUUGGCCAACUUUUAUAACGAAGAAAAACUAAAGCAUCAUCAAGAGGACGAAUUUCAACAUAUUCGACAGAAGGGCGUUUUUCCAUAUACGUAUCUCGAUUCUUUUUCAAAAUUAGACGAAACCAAACUACCAUCUCACGAGGACUUUUAUGACUCUAUGCGAAAAAGCAACAUAAUCAGGGAGGAUUACAAGCGUGUCUGGACAGUGUGGAAUUUGUUGAAAUGUAAAAUUUUAGGCGAAUAUUCAGAUAUUUAUUUAAAAUCCGACAUUUUGCUUUUAGCCGAUA